CAGAAUAGAAAAUGUUUUCACUCGACUUGAAAAGCAUCUUAUUCCGAUUAAUUUGGUCAUUCAACACGUAUUUUGACUCCUCUGAAAAAUCCCAAGCAUUUCCAGAUUGUGGGCUUUUACCAAACAGCUAAACUCUCCGGAGGUGGUCUGCUAGCUUCCUACGGGAAGGUUAAUCAUUCCGACAGAAAUAAACAUCUGUACAAUAUCCUUUCCUAACAGAUUAUUCGCGACUGAGAAAAGUUGUAAAAUGAAGUUUUAUGUCGUUUUGCUGUUUGUCUUUUUCUGCGAAUUACUUUUACAAAUCGGGGAUUGUCAAAAGAAAGAGAAAAGGAUUGCCCAACGGAAUGAAAAAAGUAAACAAAAAGCAGUUGGACAGAAUAAAAUCAGAGCAAUACAUAAGAAAAUUAAACUAAAACAUCCAAAACUGAGAAAGGAGAGAGUGUUCCUAGACAAAGACCUAAAGCCAACCUUCAUCAUGAUACAGGUUUUGGAUAAAGGUCAUUUCCAGAAACCAGCAGAGACAUUAAUCCUAGCCUCAGGACAAUCUAUUGAGCUGCGUUGUAAAGGGAAUAAUAUCGGCUGGAAUUACCCACCUUACCUCAACAACUCAAACCACUCCAGGUUCAGCCUCAAGUUUUUCGACUAUCUGAGAACCAAUCACACAAUUUUUGGCAGGCAGAUGUCUUUAUUACUGAUAAGUGGUCACCAGUUCAUAGAAAAAUCUAUCAUUUGUAGCCAACCAAAGCUUCAUUUCUACACAACCUUUCAGCUUCAGCAAGUCUAUCCAUCUGAAUUAUUUGUGCCAUCAACCAAUUACUUUGAUAUUAUCUACCUUCGAUCUGAUGGACCUUCAGUGAUCCCAUGUCGCGUGAGCACACCUUUGGCUAAUGUCACAUUGCAUCGAGAAAUCCCCCCUCAAAAGCUUACUGUUGAUGGAUCAGUCCUUAGUUAUGAUGCAAAACAAGGAUUUGUUAUUCAUAAACCUAGUCUUGAGCAGAAGGGAGUUGUGUACUGCAUGGCAAGCCUAGAGGGAACUCCACAGAUAUCAAGCAAUUACCUUCUUUUGUACACUGAAGCUACCAGUGCCCCUCCAUCUACAAGUAUUGCAGCUUCAUCAAAUGCAGUAGCUGGUGGCGAUCAGGUUAAUGUGACAUGUACGGUGGUAGGAGACCCAGAUAUACCGGUGGACUUCACUUGGAAAUAUCCAGGACAGUGGGAUGAAAGACCGGUGAUCAUCACGGAAAAAUGGAGACUAAUAGAUCGGAACAAUGGACAUACCGUCAGACUAUCAAAGAGUAUGCUGUACAUUGAUGAUAUUGAAACUAUUGACGUAGGGGAUUACAUCUGUAUUGCACGAAAUUUAAUAGGAGAAACUAUAGUGGCUACACAAAUAUAUUUUUACUAAUGGAACCCAUAUUGUGUGAUAUUUUCCUCAGAACAGUAAAAACAACUUGUAUCUUACUUCUUUAAUGAUUUUUAAUGUCUGAGACAUAAUUUAUAUUUCUUCGUAGAGUUCCCUAAGUUACUCUACACCAAAGUCUUGCAAUUACAGGCAAUCCUAACAGCAUUUAUUCUUUGAAACAGAUUAGUUCCUGUAACAACAGAACAAAACCUGGUGGUGAUCGUGGUGGGGGUGCAAUAUUGACAUUUUCCCAUUGGGUUGAAUACCAGCCCAUACUGAAGAAAUUAAGCAUUCCUUAUCUUUUGGUUGCAUGUGGGCUGUGUCAAACUAGUUCUGGGUGCACAACAGUUAAACUAGUCCCGAUUCCGUAAUAGGAGCUGGAUGUAUGGUAUGGGAAACAGGGGGAGGGUAUACUCUGAGGGUAUGUGAUAAAAUCAGAAUUUCUAGCUGGUGACUCCUGGCCACAGGAUAUUUGAUACUGGCUGAAAUGUUGCGUUGCUUUACAGAGCAUUAAAAUUUCACAUCUGGUAUUCAAAAUUCACAGAAUGAAAACAAACUCCAUAUGUUUUUGACUAAUAACCCUUUCAAUCACUUACUUAACCUUUGCUGUGUAUCCAGACACAAGGAUAGAACACACAGGAAAGAAAACCUAAACUGUACACGUCCUCAAGAGCAUAAUCCAGUGAUUAAUUCAAUAUCUUGGGAAAAAUUUGGAAAGAAGAUAAUUCAAUUUCUGAAUUAUUUAAAGAUUGGAAUUGCACUUUUUAUGAAAUCUGACCUAUAACCAAAAUACAAGUGUAUAAAUGAUGCAUGAAUAUGUGAAGCUAUUCACAGGUCUUGGCAAGAAACUCUGCUACCAUGCACACAUUAUUUCAUGGUAUUUAAUAAGGUGUCUGGAAUGAUUUUUUUUGGCAGAUGCAAUUCUCCAGCUCAAUCUGUGUUUUCACUAACCAUUGUUUUCCUUUAAAUAGCACAGCUAGAUGAUUUUUUUUAAAAGACCAGUAUAUAGCAAACAAAACUAAUGAAUGUUAUCCUGUGUAUUUACAUCACAGUUUAUUUUGCCAACAUCCAUUAUUCCUAGUACAAAAUGUUUAAUAUAAAAAAGCCUUAGAUAAAUAAUCAAAUAAUUAUAGUUUUUGCUCUGUAAAAUAAUUAAUAGCUUAGUUAUUAAAUGCCAAUGAUUUGAUUUAGUGGUUGUCCUGUUAGCAAUUACUGUUUGCAUACAGUACUUGGUUCUGCUCAAUGCAGCAACCAUAAAUUAUUUCAUUGUAAAGCAUGUCAAGGAUGUUGACAGGAAUUCUAAGCAACUUGGUGCCACCUUAGCUUGUAGUGCAGCAUUAUCUAAUUUCUGUUCAAUAAAAUAUAUUAGUAAAUGAUCUUAAAAUUAAUAAAUCAGCCCCAAGUAGAUGAUAUUAAC